AUGAGGAAAUAUCUGGCAUGGGCGCGGCGCUUGCUCCAGAAUCAGCUUCCUGAUUCUCCCCAAUUCUCUCUGUCGAAGCCCAACCACGCGACAUCAGCGCCAGGCCUGAACAUGAAGAAUCUCUUCACCGUCGUCAUAGCGGGCUCCCAGUAUUUGCUUCAUCCUCAGAAACUGGGCACAAUUGAGGAGACCAUCAACCCCGAUGCGCUUAUUCCCGUCACUCUCCUCACGACAACUGAGAUCAAUACGGAUCUGGAGGGCAUCCUGCAGUUGUUUGCAACAGUAGACGAUGUCUUUCAGCCUGACUUUGGUGGCAUUCUGGUAGAGAAGCCCGAGAAGAAUAAGACGAUUGGUUUUGUCCACAAUCCAGCUCCCCGCAGCAGAGCUCGGUUCAGUUUGCAACGGGCCGAGGUUGAGGCUGCUGCUUUUGAAGACCUGCCUUCGGGUCCGUAUUUUCUCCAUGGACCAAAUCUUUACCAGGCAUGGAGACUGUACGAUGAUUUCUUGGAUGCAUUCACCUUUGGGGUGAUUCCUAAUAGUAUUAAUGGUUCUGACGACGGGUACGAAGCGCUUUCAUCGCUCUCCGACAAUGGUUCAUCCAAGUCGAUUGCGGUACCAUCUCGACUCUACCAUGCUGCACCGUCGAUUCGCAAGCCUCUAUCUGGAGUCCGUAUUUCCGUCACGGACGCCGCGUCGCUGAAAGGCGUGCAGACAAUUUUGUCGAGCCGAUCUUGGUCUCAGUUGUAUGGCACUGAAGCUUCUGAGACGGCAGAAUUUGUCCAAAAACUAAUUGACAUGGGCGCCAUAAUCGUGGGCAAGACCAAAUCAUCGCAGCUGGAUUCCGGGAGGGAAUGGGUAGAUGUGGCGGCUCCGUGGAAUCCAAGAGGUGAUGGCUACCAAGAUUCAGGUGGAAGCGCCGCUGGAGCCGGAGCAAGUGUCAGCGGCUAUGACUGGAUGGAAUAUGCCAUUGGUAAAGACUCUUUUGAGGGAGUUCGGGAGCAAGCGCGGGUUCAUGGUGUUUACUCCAUCAGAGCCUCUGCUCAGGCUGCAUCUCUGCAAGGAUGGAGAAAUGAUUCGCAGAAUUAUGCUGCAAUUGGCUUGCUGAAUCGCAACUUACACGACUUGCUCAGUCUUGCUCAGCUCACAUUGAACACGUCAAACGCGAACAUGCCAUUACCCAAGCGCAUCAUAUAUCCUUUGGAUUUUACCUCGACCAUUGAAAGUGACCAGGCCCAGGACGAUAAAUUUGUCGCCAUGUUGGAGCACUUCCUUGAAGUCAAAGCUGACAAGAUGCGUCUAUCCGAUGCUUGGGAUGCGCAUCCGCCAGAGGAAGCCAACGGGCAAACCCUUGAAGAAUAUAUGAAAGAGGCUCCCUUUAGCUCCUUUUGCUCUGAUUUCUAUCAUGAGUAUCAAGACUUCCGCGGUGAUUACAAAAGCAAGUUUGGUCGCGAGCCCUACGUUGAGGCCACGCCUCGAUUUAGAUGUAAGCAGGUCAAGAGUGAGUGUGGGCGAAGUAAUGCUAAAGAGCUGGCUAUCAGGGGCAUCGGCGAAAACGAAUCGAAGCAAGACUACGCCAUCCACCGCGAGCGCAUCGAGGUAUUCAAGAAAUGGUUUGGCGACAACAUCAUGUCGACGCUCGGGGAUUCGGAGACUAUCAUGGUCCUCCCCUUCGGCCCUCAUACAGUGCAGUAUCGCGAUGACUUGCCACGACCGCCGAGCAGAAUCGACGGCAUUGGCCCCGAAGCCCUCGCGCCUCUGUUGGGACUGCCGCAUCUUGUUAUUCCCUGUGAGCUCUUCUCGAACACCUUGGCGUUCAUUUCCCCCAUUGCCACAUCCUACCAUUCGCGAGUAACCGACAAAGGCGAGAGUCGUCCGUUUACCGGCUCCAUCAUGGGCCCUCACGGCGGCGACAUCAUGAUCCUUCAGCUAGCUAAAGCAGCGUUGGGACGUGCGGAAUGGCGGUCGCGGGUCGAUACCGGGCGUUGGGCGUUUCCUCAAGGGUAUGAGCCGGAAUGA